CCACUGCACGAUUUACGUUGUGGGUAUUGGCUACGCAUUUAAACACAUGGAGAUAACGCGUACCCACUUAGCUUACAAUGGUAAAUUUCGAUAAAUAGCUGCAAAAUGAGCGACUCAAGUGGAGACGACAUUAGCUUCACGCCCUCGCAACUACGCAAGUACUUGGACUCCAGAAGGCACCCGCAGAGAAACAUUAAGCUAAAAACUGAAGCCACUGUAGUCCCAGAUGGAUUGGGUCUACGCAGCCAUCAAAACCAUGGCGGCCUUGGGCGCUGGCGGUCCAAUACAGCAAAGCCUACUAUUGGUAGCAGUCGUCAAGGAGGGUUGUCAGCUUUCAGUUCCGGAACGGAGCAGCGAACUUCGCCGAAACCACGUGGUAGUGGAUUGUUAACUGCUUGGGAUAGGAAUGCAGCGCGGAACAGUAGCAGUGACGAUGAUGAUGACGAGCGUCUGCGAUCAAGGGCUUCUGCUCUCGCGCACGCUCUGAGGCAGCGCAGGUCGGGUGUGGCGCCGGCCUUACAACAGGGCCUGUCGUGGCGCCAGCGCGAAGCUUCUCCAGCCAUAAAUACUGCAGAACAGAAGCCAUUAAACAUCUCUCCUGGGCUUGGCCGUGGGACUCUGUCGGCGACGAACACAGACGCGCCUCUAAGUGGGGCGCGCGACAGGCACACGAGCCCAACAGCAGCAAGCUUUUAUCUGGGCACAUCUGAGGAGCGCUUUGGCGCAGCUCCCCGCUCGCCGGCUGCCACAGCGCCGCUUUCGCUUCAGCAGGCGCUGUCCACACCCACAAGCCCUGCGCGGAGCCGUGUGUUGGAGCAGGAACCCAGCUCCCCCUACGGGUCUCGGGCCACCGGCAACGCUCAAGGCAGCCAGCUGUCUCCGCAAUCCGCACGACCCAGCACGGCACCGCGUCUUCGUGCUUACGCAGACGCGCCCGAGGCGUACAUGGGGGCAAGCCCUUCCUCACCGCUGCGUACAAUGCGCCCAGACCGCAAUGCCACGGGCUUCUACAACGACGAGCCGUAUUCCAGCACACAUGGAACCGGUUUGGGUACGUUGAAAGCGCUGUCCGCAAGCGUGCCGGACGCCUCCGCGGGGCGCUCUCCGGGCGCGGCAGCGGCAGCUUUCCCGCAGGCGUACGGCAGCGGCAACAGCAACCUGCUCGGUCUGGUUGUGGGCAACCCCCUGCCCGACACGUACACCGGCUCCUCGGCGGUCCGCUCAACCCGCAGCCCACCCAUGUCGCCCAAGGCGGCACUUGAUGACGGGCGUUACACGUCGCCAGGGCGUGGAGGCCUGGGGCUGCUGGGGGCCACGGACGCUUACACGCCUGGAGUGACGUCCUUCUCCUUUCCUGUGCAAGACCAGCAGCCGGCUGCCGGCCUGAGUCGUCAGGCCUCGCGUCUGGACGCGCGGGAUGCUGCUACCAGCCCUCGACAGCCCGGCGACUACGGUUCGGCCCGCCACGAGAGCCCUUCCCGGGUGCCGAUUGAGAGAUCGGACCGUGAGGCGUCGCCCACGGGCAGCUUUGGAGGGCUUAGCCGCGUGCGGCCUAUCUCCAGCAUCACCGAGGAGCUGGACAACCUGAUGCGCAACGUCACUGCCAUGGGUGGCGGCAGGGGCGGGCCGUCCAGGUCUGGGAGCCCGCUGCGGGGGCCCGCGGGCGGCCUCGCGCAGUCUCCGAGUCCGCGCGGGAGGGACACGGGCGGGACACCAUCCUCGCCGCUGGCCUCCCGCUCCGCCCUGGGCUCGCCUCGCCGCCCUGAUGCCGGCAGCGGGGGCAUCCAGAGCGUGCUCAGCCAGCUUGCCACCAUCAAGCGAGACAUGGAUCAGCUGCGGGACAACGUGCUCAAGGAACGCGGCGCUGACGGCACGGCCGCCCUGACGGCUUCCUCGCCCGGAGCCGGCCUGGCCGCGCUGACGCUGGCGACCGGGGGACCGCCCAGCCCCAGACGCCUCUCCUGGAGCAACCCCGGCAGCCCCACCUUCACCGACAUCUCCUCGCUGUCACUGUCACGGAAGACACCGCGGCGGGGGCGCAGCCCCAGCCAGCGGUACAUCGCCUCGAGUGCCUCCCCCACCAGCCCACCGCGGCAGUCGGGCCCUGCGCAGGGCGGCAUACCGCUGCCGCCGAUGCAGUCCGCAACAGCGCAGAUGCACACGCCGUUUGCGGAUCUCCGGGCGCUGGGGCCGGAUCUGUUGCCUCCGCAGCAGCAGCAGCAGCGCAGGUUGGUGCAGGAACCGGAGCACAUCGAUGGCAUCCUGGCGGAGUUACGGUCCAUCAGGCAUGACCUGUCAGCUCUGGGCGACCCGGCGACGGGUGGUCUGGAGAGCGCAGCCUCGGGCUUGUCUCGCCGCUCCCGGUCGGCAUCUCCGCACUUCAGCCAGCCUAGUCCUGGCCCCAGCAGCGGCCACCGCGGCAACCGUCGUGACAGCAGCAGCGGCGGCGAAGGUGGCCGCGAGGAGUCGUCACGCAUGCGUCCGCGCGCGUCGUCGCCACGCGCGGGUCGCUACCAGCCUGACCGGGUGGAGGAGGAGCAGCGGCGCGAUACGGACGCUGCCUGGCGGCGUUUGGUCGCGGCGGUCGACCCAGUCGGCCUGCGCUCCUCCGCCGCGUCGCCCGCACAGCAGCAGGCAGCCAGGGCAGCGGAGCAGUCUCCUUCUCGGCGGUCAAGGGAUGCUGCUGCAGGGCCCUAUGGUCGAUCCUCGCCCAACUCGCCGCUUAUUUCUCCGUUGCGGGCAUCAACGGUGCUUCGCUCCACUCCGGGCGCUGCGCAGAAGACAUCCGCUGGCACACCGGCGCCAGCUGCUACCCAGAAGAAAGCUGGCGGCUCAGCUGAGGCGCAGUCCGCUUCCCGUGAUGGCCAACGCGGCGGGGCUGGGGGCAUGACGGCCCUCAUGCUUGGCUCCAUGCCGGACGGCAGGGUCCGCAUCCAAGAGGACCCCGGACCCGAGCCCGCUCCGCCGGUGCCGCUAUCCUCCUCGUCCUUGGCGCUGUUCUCAUCACAAAAACAGCGCGCGCUGGACGACUUAAUGCACGGCUUCGGACAGACCAUGAAGACCUCCAUUUCGGCAGAGCCUCCCAGCACGGACGGGGCGGCUGGCGGCAGUGAGCGUGAGCCCGCGUCACGGGCUAGGGCUGCGAGUCCCAUUACCACCCGCACCCUGCAGGCUGACAUGCCGCUGGCUGCGGCUGCCGCGCUGCAAGGCUCUGGGGACCGAACCCGCCCGGCGGCUGCGGGCAGGUCUCCAUCCUCACGCCAGCGUGGGCCUGCCGCAGAAGCCGCUGCAGAGGCAAGGGGCGACCCAUGGGUCAGCUCUGUCCUGGGAGACUCACGUGGCAACGCGGGCAGAAGCCGGGGUUCACGCUACGCGCCGCCGAUGCGCGAUUUGGACGUGGAGGGCUCACACCAGGCUGACUUGGCUCGCAUCAUGUCUGCCGGGGUCCGCACCUCACAGCGUCGUACGGAGGACGCUGCUCCUGGCUUGCCUCAACCUGCAGGCGGCAGACAGACCUCCACGCCUUCCGCUGCCGCCGAAAGGCCGCAGAUUGGGCGCAUGCAGUCCCAGUCCAGUGGCCAGCGUGACCCGGAGAGCCUGGCCUCCCUUUCGCUGAACAGCAACCCCGCGAUCCCGGUCGGUGGCAUCAGUAAGAGCCUAGAGCAGGCGCUGAACCGCCUACUACCAGCGCGCGCCACGGCUGACGGCGCCCGUGGAACGAAUGCCGGCGACUCCUCGUCUCCCUCCGGCCCCGGGGGCCAGUCAUCCGGCUCGCGGAGGGCCCAGCUCAACGCCGAGUCGCUCUCGCGACUGCGGGGCAGCGUGUGGUCGUUUGGCGGCGCUCCGCAGUCGCCUGUGCCUCGGCGUAAGCUUGACACGUCUGUCGGCGGUGCGCCGGGUGCGUCCACGUCAUCCGUUGGCAAGGGCAGCGACAGGCGGAGCAUUGCGCCCCUGAACCCGGCUGACCUGCUGCCCUUCACCGCAGACCACACCGUCCACAGGUAUCGCGCCCCAAGCAGCGACAGUCAGUCCCUGGCUCUGGAGCAGCUCCGGCGCCAAGGCGGCUCUCCCGCGGCCUCCCCCAGGGGCCGCACCAUGGAGCGGGGCCGCACCACCGACAGCGCGGGAGCGCAGGAGGAGGCUCAGGCAACCGGAAGGCUCCGGCACCGGGUGGCAUGGUAGGCGAGGAGGGGCUGGGAGGACGCGGGGCGCGGGCCGCGUCCGUCGCCUCCAGCGCAGCCGGCGGCGGCUUCUCCCGCUCCAACUCCAACUUGCGCAGCAGCUGCCUGCACCCAGAGGACGAUGUGCUCGGCAGCAGGAGCGGCGGGAGUGUAGAUUUUAGCAGGCAGGACAUUGGCAGCUGGCCGAACGAUGUGGCGGAUGUAGUGGACAGGCGGGUAGACAGCGGCGACAGCGGCAGCGAGGAGUAUGGUCGGGAGGAACGGUCGCAGCGGCGGCGCUCGCAGCAUGCAGGGCAGGGCACCACAACGGGAAGCGAUUGGAGCCGGAAGCUCUCCGAGGCUCUGGGCAGCAGCCCUCCGGCUUCCGCGGCGUCCUUCGGCGCCAGCCCCGAGCGCCGAGCCGCACUGGAGGCCCUCCUCAGCAUCAAGCCCCUGCGCAGCCGCGCCCACUCGGACCUUCCCCCUUCUCCGUCUCGCAGCAUGAGUCCCGCCGUUCGGGCAGCCACCGCGGCGCUGCGACAGAUGUCGGUGGAGGUACCGCCGGCGGGGCUGGGCAGCCCUCGUUACGCGCCUACAGAGGACGGGACGCUACGGAGCCCGCCCCGCCCCAGCAGCCCCUUUGGAGUCCAGUCGCGGACGCCGUCCUCGCAGGACCCGGGCUCGACGCCGCUCAGCACACGCACGAGCACGGCUGGCCAGAACGCGCUGCCGCGGAGCGCGGCUGCAUCGCAGGGCCCGGCUGCAGGAGACGAGGGUGGUGUAUGCUCGGAUGACAUGGAGGGAGAGGAGGCCACGGUGAGCCUGGCAUCGGGUCAGGGCAGCCCGCGGCGUUCUCCGUCGUUCUCCAGUCCUGCGGAUUCGGGAGGCGAGGGCACACUGGAGAGGUUCCUGAGGAGCUUUGAACGCCCAGGAGCAGGCAAAAAGAGCCCGGCGUCGGGCGCUGAGUCGCCCCGCAGCCCACCAGGUGCCGCAGCUGCGCUCCCCAGCGGCCGCGACGCGGGCAACAACACGUCACCUCGCAGUGCCGGCACACCCAAGCGCCCACCGCAGCUGCAAAUCGACCUAGAUGCCACCUCCCAGCGCUCCAGGCAAAGUAAAACCGGCUCGCUGCCAUCGCCCGCUGCAUCGCCUGCUGCCUCACCCCGCGGCGCCGUACGCCUGCUGGAUCCCGCUGGCCUGCGUCCCGCCGGCGGCGUGACAUCAUCGCCCCGCCAGGCCGCUGCUGCUGCUGCUACCCCAACAUCACCGCGCAGCCCCAUGUCCGGCGCUGCUGCUGCUGCUGCUGCUACGGCGGCGCCGGCUGCCGGCUCCGCUACCGCUGCCGCCGGCUCCGUUGCGAGCCCUGUGCCCGAGGACUUGGUUGCGGAGGCGCUGGCGGAGGUGGAGCGGGACGCGGCCUACCUGGCGGCGGUGGUGGGGCCGCUGAGUGUGGCGUCCUCCAUGGAGCAGGAGCGGCUGGCGCAGUGGCUGGACGACCCGCGGCAGCUGGCGGGGCGGCCCCGGCUGGCCACCGUGUCGGAGGGUAUGGAGGCGCCUGACGGCAGCAACGAAGCGAGCUUACCCGCGCUGCUUGCGGCUGGCGGGUACGGCCUGUCAGGUCGCGGCCAGGCCCCGGCGCAGCAGUCGCAGUCCCCGGAUGAGUCCGCGGGUCGGCCGGUGCGGCUGCUGGACCGUCUGGAGGCGCUGUCGCCGCAGGCGGGGGAAGUCGAUGAGGGGUACCUGGCAGCCAUGCUAGGGCCGCUGAGUGUGGACCCCUCGAUGGAGCAGGAGCGGUUGGCGCAGUGGCUGGACUCACCGCCCGGCGCGGCGGCCGGUCAGCGGGCGUCAGGCCGGUGGCAACCGCGGCUGGGUGGUGUGGAGGAGGGAGGGCAGGAGCUGCUGCUGCCCGGAGGCGGUGCAGGCAAGCCGUUGUCAGGACGGGCGGGUGAGGGCAGUGCCGGC